CUGUAGAAUGAAUUGAUUCACUGUAUUAUCAGGUCCAUACAUGUUACUUCUUUCACAUGCUUUUUGGCAUCACAACCUGUGGUCCCUCCUUACUAUGAUGCAACCUGAAGAGGCGGAGGAAAAGUUUUAUUUUGGGGUACAUAAAUUCUCAUCCUUGGAAUCUUCAAGCUCCACUGAAUAGGAAUACACAAUGGAGAUCAACAGACCAGCUGCAAAAGGUGUAGUGACAUUAUUGUGUAUGUUUGCCACAUACUCUGCACAAGAUUUUUGCCAUCACGACAAAGGGAGCCACAGCAAUGCAGGUUUCAGUGGAGAGAUGGAAGGCAGCCAACAUCUGCACUGUUGUGGAAAUGUGUCUUACAAGAUCUCGGAAAGUUCCUGCUGCAAUGGAAAUGUUACUCUGGGAUUAAGCCAGCUGGUGGCUGACUGCUGUGAUUCUGUAGCUUACAAUCCCCUUAAUGAGAUUUGCUGUGGUGGCAGGAUUCUGACUCGAAACAGCACUCAUGCAAAAUGCUGUGGCAAAGUCAUGUACCUGACAACGACUCAUUUGUGUUGUGAUGACAUAAUACUUGAAUUGAAGGAAAAUCAUUCUUGUUGUGGCAAUAAAACGUUUGACAUGACAACUCACUACUGCUACACUGACCUUACACUAGAAAUAAAGCCUUAUAAUGAAACUUGCUGUCCAAAAGUAACAGAUUCAGAUUCAGAAUACAAGCAAGGCUCUUGUCCCACCUGCACACUCCCCAAAGUCUCAGAAUUUAUGUGUGGAUCGGAACCUUACAACCCCCAGGAAACUAUCUGUUGCUCAGGGAAACUGUAUAAAAAGGCAUCAACACUUACUAAGUGCUGUGGCAAAGAUUUCUACACUCUGUUAGAUGACAAUGUGCUGUGCUGUAAUGGAAUUCUUCAUCUCAAUGUGCCUGAGCAGUCAGAGUGUGUUGGAGGUGUUAUAUAUGCUCCACCAAACACUAUUUGCCAAAUGUUUGCUCGUCCCCGUCUUGGUGAGCACUGCUGUGGAGGAAAAACUUUUGAUCCUCACACACAUAUUUGCUGUAAUGGACACAGCCACAACAAAAUGAAAGGCAAUUUCUGUUGUGGUUCAGAAGUCUAUGACCACCACAACCAGUUGUUGAGAUGCUGCUCAGGUCAUCUCUACAAACUUACACGUUUAAGUGGGGAGUGCUGUGGAAGCCAUCUGCUGGAAUAUAAUAACAAUCAAACUUGUUGUUCCUCCUCAACCAAUUCUAUAAUUUAUGACACCAAACCAAACCACCAUUGCUGUGGGCAUUACUACUUCAACACAUCCCUGUGGAGCUGCUGUGCUGAACAUCUCAAACCAACACCAAAGCCUAACAGCUCUCUUGCAGAAUACAGGCUUAAACCUCUAACAGACCUGAUCCCAGAUAUGUGCAAUAAAACAGUGUUCUUUGGCAAAGUAGAGAGUUUGGCACUUGAAAAUGAUCAACGUCACGUGGUGUUGAAAGUUGUGUGGCAGGUCAACGUGAAAUCAGAAAAGUUCAUCAAAGACCCUUGGCUUCAUGUGUCCAUGGAUCACUGCAGCUCUCCUGACACAGAGAACGGCAUGACCUACCUUUGGGAGGAAAACCACGAAAGGAAGUACAAGCUUCUCUCUCACCCUGUUGACCUAACCUCUGACAUGCACUUGUUGUAUGCUGUAUGUUACCAAAAAAAGGGAUAAAAAUAUGGAUUGAGGUUUAUGGAUUAUGGAUUUUUGUCCUGAAUAGUUUUUUUUAUCCAACAUUAAUGCUAAGUGAGCCUUAAGACAAGUUUACCCUUAAGAGAAGCCUCUGUUACUGUACACAGCAUUAUGGCAGAUGCCUCACAUCUGUGAUUUUUUUUGCCUCAUCUGAUUUUUUUAUUUAAUCUCAAUGUUUGGAGUAAUGGAUUUAUAUAUUUAUUCAGUCAGGUAAAUUUUAAGGUUUGUUAAUAUAAAAAUUUUAAAAAGAGAAAUGGAAUUAAAUAGAGUUACUAAGUUUUCUUAAAAGCUACUUUUUAUCAAAAAAAAGUUAUAUAUAAGUAUAUAUAUAUAUAUAAGUGGCAAUACAUUACCUAAUAAGAUUAUUUUGUUUUUAAUCAUGCUGUAUAUCAUCAGUCUCAGGUCUGUUCCAAAUUGAAGUGUUUGUGUUUCAUUUUUUUUUUUUUUUUUUUUUUACAA